UGCGCCGUUUUUGCUGGUCGUUUGUUUAUCAAUUUUAUUUAUUUUGUCUCCUUUUAAAUUUUGUUGAAGCGGGUGAAGUUUUUAGUAUAUUUUAAUAAUUAUUUGUUUGCCAAGUUAAGUAAAAAAAGUCAACUAUGAAUAAAUCGAGUUAUUAUCCAAAUUACUAUUCAAUUGAUGACGUGAUGGCAACGCAGGAGCGGAUUCCUUGUCGCACACAGCAGGAACUUUUCCAAAUGGGAUUCCUGGAUUCAUCUAGUGAAAAAACUGGCAACCUAAUGCCCAAUCAGCAGCUUGAGCUUCCUCUUUGGUAUUUAAUGAAUCUAGAUGACCGCAGUCGUUAUUAUUCGAUAAUUGUUCCGGAAAUUUUCACUCCGGCCUACAAAGAGAUUUACAAAGCCGAUGCCAGCUACGUCGAACUGGGUAAGCUGAACAAGUUCUAUUACGAGCUGGGGCUGUAUCUGUGUAAAUUCGGCACCGGAGAUGACCUGGCCGAUAUGCUGUUCACCACGGCGCAGGAACGCGUGAAAGGAAUCAAGGACAUGUGCAACAACGUCAGCAGCGAAAACUUGAUGGACAACAAGAAGCUGGACCAUUUGGAACGGAUGCUGUAUGAAGAGGGAAGCCGGACCCACAGAAAGUUCUCUGACUGGCUGCAGGAGAAAUCGGUGAACAUCAAAUCGACCGAGUUGGUUACGAAUCAUCGCAAGCGAAAACGUGACUUGUUGGAAGGGGAAGAAGGCUCAUCACAGUCGUCGCAACGGAUGUCCACCUAAGCUACAACUGAUCAGGUAACUGUGUUCUCAUAAUUAAGCAAAGAAUUUAGUUCAUACGGUAGCUUUUAUUCAAUUAAAUUUGACCAAUUUGAUGUUCUAACGGCA